AUGUCUCCCAAAAAUAUAGUCGUGCUUUACUGGCAUCGCACUGAUCUCCGCCUCCACGACUCUCCAGCUCUCCACGCCGCACUCUCCCUUAACCCCUCAAUCUUCAUCCCUGUCUGGACCUGGGAUCCGCACUACGUAUACCACUCCCGUGUAGGAGCCAAUCGCUGGCGAUUCCUACUAGAAUGCCAAACCUCACUAUCAAACUCAUACAAAUCCCUGAAUCCAAAUCAACAGCUCUGGGUUGUACGCGAAGGACCAACGAGUGUUCUUCCGAAAUUAUGGAAAAUAUGGGGCGUGACACAUCUAGUCUUCGAGAAGGAUACAGACUCGUAUGCAAGAUCGCGAGAUGAGGAGGUUCAGCGACUAGCGAAAGAAGCCGGAGUGGAGGUUGUUAUUCGCAUGGGACGUAAUCUCUUUGAUCCGGAUGACCUAGUUCGAAAGAAUGGAGGCAAAGCGACGAUGAGUAUUUCUCAAGUGGAGAAAGCAGCUGAGAAAAUCAAUGGUGGCAAACCCGAUAAACCGGUUGCGGGUCCGAAGGAGAUCCCUGAUGCAUGGGGAAUGGAGAAGAUGAAAGAGGUAGAAGGGAUUAAGACGGAGGAGAUCGAUGCAACUCCCGAUCUGAAUGCGGAGGUUCGAGGCGGUGUGGAGAAUCAGUAUGAACGGAUAACAGGACCGAAGGGGGAUUUCGGCGUCCCGACGUUAAAGGAGAUCGGGAUCUCGGAAUCAUCGGUGACUACGCCGCAUCGGGGUGGAGAGGAAGUGGCGUUGAAGAUAUUGAAAGAGUGCGUGGAGGAUGAGGAGUAUGUUGGACGGUUUGAGAAGCCGAAUACCUCCCCCGCGGACUUUGAGCCACAAUCUACCACGCUACUCUCACCGCAUCUCCACUUUGGGUCUCUGUCUGUGCGGAAAUUCUGGUGGGAUGUGCAGCAUGUAUUGGAAAAGCGCAAGGGCGCAAAAAAGCCUACGUCGUCUGUGCCUACUAAUUUACCGGGCCAGCUUCUAUUUCGCGAUAUGUACUUUGCGGCGCAGGCAGCAGUGGGUCCGGCAUUUGCGACGACCCAUGGAAAUCCUGUUGUGAGGUUAAUUGAUUGGCAUUUACAGUCGAAAAAUCUGGAGAAAAAAGGUACAGAUGACAAGAAGGGUGAUGGCACACGCGAAUACACUAUCGAUUCCCCCCAAGCAGAGGAAUGGUUCACACGUUGGAAAGAAGGUCGAACGGGCUUCCCGUGGAUCGACGCUCUCAUGCGGCAGUUAAAGCAAGAAGGGUGGAUCCACCAUCUCGGUAGACACAGUGUUGCCUGCUUCUUGACGCGUGGCGGGUGCUACGUCAGCUGGGAGCGGGGCGCCGAAGUAUUUGAGGAACUGUUGAUCGAUCUCCACAUUCUGCAUGAUUACGGAGCACAUCCACUUGCCAAGAAUUUUGAAGUUUGGGGAACAGGGCUGAUCCAUUGGAUAGAUGAAACCGCUUGUAAUGUGGGUAACUGGAUGUGGCUGUCAUGUACAGCCUUCUUUGCGCAGUUCUACCGUUGUUACUCGCCAAUUGCUUUUGGCAAGAAGUGGGAUCCGCAGGGAGACUUGAUUCGGAAAUAUGUCCCCGAAUUAGCGGACUUUGAUAAGAAGUACAUCUACGAGCCUUGGAAAGCACCGAUUGCAGAUCAGAAGAAAUGGGGAUGCCGGGUUACGGGAGACGGAAGUAAUUCGAAGUCGGAGGAUGGUCAAACCUAUCCAAAACCGAUGUUUGAUUUCGAUCAACGGAGGCAGAUCUGCCUCGAUAGUAUGAAGAGCGCCUAUGACGUCGGUCUGCAUGGAGCUGAUGAAGACGUGAUGAAUGGAUCAUGGGAAAAGAAGUUCCACAUGGAUGAAGGGAAUGAAAAGUCCAACAAACGCCAAAAAACAGAAAAAUGA